UAAUUGUAUUCGAUAAUCGUGGAAUUGGAGAAUCAACUGUUGCUUCCUAUUAUGACCCUAUUACGAUCGAGUUAAUGGCUCAAGAUACAAUUGAAUUAAUUAAACACCUUGAAAUUAAAAGAUUUAAUUUAUUUGGAGGAUCUAUGGGCAUGAUUGCUCUUUGUGUUGCCUUGAAUAUUCCAUCAGAUUUGAAAUUAGAGAAAUUAAUUAUUGGAUUUAGUACUGCUCGAGUUAGACCAGACUCAAGAUGGUAUCAGGAUGCAGAACAACUUUAUAAAUUACCAGAAUUGAGUUUUCCUAAGGAUAUUCAAAAACAAAAGGACUUGCUUCUUAACUCUUACGAAAAAUAUACGGUUAGAUAUCUACUUGAACAUCCUGAUAAACUUGAUAAAAUUGUGGAGAUUAUGGUUAACACUAACACUAAAAGGCCGUUUGAAAUUAUUAAGCGUCAAUGGGAAGGGGCUAAACAGUGUAAUCUUGUUUCAAGAUUACAUACAAUUAAAGUUCCAACUUUGAUAAUUCAUGGUGAAGCUGAUGAAGUAACUCCUAUUCAAGAUGGUGAAAUCCUUGAUCGCGAAAUUCCUAAUACACAGUUUUAUAGAAUUCCUAAUGCUGAACAUAGGUAA